AUGAAGCAUGAGCCACGAGACGAGGGAGACUCUUUGACUCCCGAGAAAGACCUCGAUGAAGCCAGCAAGGCUUUCGAGGGACGUACGGAGCGGAGCGCAAACGGCACGACAGGUAGAGGUCCGCAGUUGCCUGAUCGUGAGAAACAAGACAAUCAGAGUCGGUUUGCAUGGAGUCAUGACCGGUCACACGCAGGAAACGAGAUCGAGAUCGCGAGGGCAUCCAAGCUAGUCGACCAGACAGCCAAAAGCUUGUCGUUGCGCAAGAGAGAGGCUGAGCUGAAGAAGGCUGAGGACACAGGAGACGAGAUCAAGAUCGCAGAGGCCCUCCUGAGAGUCAGGGUCGCAGAGCUGAAGGAGGCUGAGGACACAGGAGACGAGAUCGAGGUCGCGAGGGCACGCAAGUUAGUCAACAAGGCAUUGCUAAGCUACUUUGUGCACAAGAGAGAGGCUGAGCUGGAGGAGGCUGAGGACACAGGAGACAAGAUCGAGAUCCUCAAGGCACGAAUCAGGGUCAGGGAGGCAGAGCUGAAGGAGGCUGAGGUCACAGGAGACGAGAUCGAGAUCGCAGAGGCCCUUCUUGGCCUCAGGAUGGCAGAGCUGGAGAAGGUUUGGGUGAGAGGAGACCAGAUAAAGUUCGAAAGGGCAGUCGAGCUAGCCAGGCAGGCAAGCAUAAGCUUGUCGUUGCUCAGGAGGACGGCAGAGCUGAAGGAGAUUGAGGACACAGGAGACGAGAUCGAGAUCGCAAAGGCGCGUUCCAGACUGACAGAAGCAGAGCUUGACGAGGCGAAGAUCAAAGGAGACAAGAUUAAGAUUGCAGAAGCACAUAUCAAGUACAGGAAGACAUACCUCGAUAUGAUUCAAGUCACAGGAGACGAGAUCAAGGUCGCAGACGCCCUCCUGACAGUCAGGAAGGCAGAGCUGAAGGAGGCUGAGGUCACAGGAGACGAGAUCGAGAUCGCGAGGGCAUCCAAGCUAGUCGACCAGGCAUGGCUAAGCUACUUUGUGCGCACGAGAGAGGCUGAGCUGAAGAAGGCUGAGGACACAGGAGACGAGAUCAAGGUCGCAGACGCCCUCCUGACAGUCAGGAACGCAGAGCUGAAGGAGGCUGAGGACACAGGAGACGAGAUCGAGAUCGCGAGGGCACGCAAGUUAGUCGACCAGGCAUGGUUGCGCAAGAGAGAGGCUGAGCUGAAGAAGGCUGAGGACACAGGAGACGAGAUCAAGAUCGCAGAGGCCCUCUUUAGCGUCAGGGUCGCAGAGCUGAAGGAGGCUGAGGUCACAGGAGACGAGAUCGAGAUCGCGAGGGCAUCCAAGCUAGUCGACCAGGCAUGGUUGCGCAAGAGAGAGGCUGAGCUGAAGAAGGCUGAGGACACAGGAGACGAGAUCAAGAUCGCAGAGGCCCUCUUUAGCGUCAGGGUCGCAGAGCUGAAGGAGGCUGAGGUCACAGGAGACGAGAUCGAGAUCGCGAGGGCACGCAAGUUAGCUCGAGGCACAGGAGACGAGAUCGAGAUCGCGAGGGCACGCGAGUCAGUCGAUGAGGCAGAGCUAUGCUACUUUGUGCGCAAGACGGGGGCAGAACUGGAGUAG